GUUGUCCAAGUGGCGCGAAUAAACAAGGAGGUUCUCGUGUACAGAGAGGUUGCUGUCUCCUGUGAUCUGUAUCAACUUGGUCCAUUUUAUUCCUUCAAACUGUGGGUCAAAUUGUUAAAAUAGAGUCUGAGCUAUACUUUAACUUAGUAUUUUAUUUGUUGGCAUCUUAAAGGAAAAUGUCGGACCCUUUGUCUGAUGAGGGGAGCGAUAUCCACCAAGAUGACAGCCAGGAAGAUGUUAUGACUCCGGUGGAGCUGAUCUCUAAACUGGAAGAAGCUUGGUUGAACGAGAAGUUUUCCCCGGAGUUGCUGGAGAACAAGUCAGAGGUGGUGGAGUGUGUGAUGGAGCAGCUCACACACAUGGAAGCCAACCUGCAGCGUGUGAAGAAAGGUGACGCCAAGGCCGGCAUGCAUCGCAUGGAAAUCGACCGGAUACGCUUCAUGCUCAGCAGCUACCUGCGCUCUCGUCUGCAGAAGAUUGAAAAGUUUUUCCCACAUGUCCUGGAACGGGAAAAGUCCAGAGGGGAGGCCGAUCCAUCGCUGCUUUCACCUGAGGAGUUUGCCUUUGCCAAAGAAUACUACGCCAACACAGAAUCCUACCUGAAGGCUGUAGCGUUGAAGCGUAUGCCCCCCAACCUGCAGACAGUGGACAUGCUCAAAGCAGUGCCUGAGCCCUGCCUGGACUCCUUUGUGUUCCUGCGGGUGAAAGAGAGACAGGAGAACAUCCUAGUGGAGCCGGAAACAGAUGAUCAGAGAGAGUAUGUUGUGGAUCUGGAUGAGGGCUCUCAGCAUCUGAUGCGGUAUCGAACUAUAGCACCACUUGUCUCAAGUGGAGCAGUGCAGUUAAUUUAAACGUGGAGGUUUGCCGGGUGAUGUAGAUGUCUCUUUUAGCUCCGAGAGGUCAUACAAGAACAGUGACCUAUUUUUUGUAACAUUUCCGUAAUGAGGAGGAUCAACAGCAAAGAAUACAUCUGGAACUGUCUUAUUGUUUGCAUCCCUUGUCAGAACUAAAGGACUUGUUUGUGAGACACAAACGCAGACAUUUGCGGCACCGUGUCUGCAAGUCAUUGCUGAAUCAACCCCGUGCACCAGACCAGCUCGUGCAGUGCUCGAGUGUUAUUUUUGGACCUUUUUAAUGAUCAACACAAGUUUGGUUACAUAAUAAUGUUUUCUGGUGUGAUGGUCUCUGGUGACUGGUAAAUACCCAUCUAAGUAAUCUGGUAAUUUAUGGUUGGUUCCGUUACUUGAUCCAGAUGACUCACAUUGUUGGACUUUUUCCUCUGCAGCUCUAUAACGGGAUACAUCAAGUAACCUGAGGGUGAAAUUUCAUCAGCUGAGUUGGCAUCAUGGGUUUGCCAAAGUGUACAUUAAUGUGUGUAUGUGUUGUUUAUGUUGCUCACCAUGUUCAUAUGAGAUAAAAGCUUGUAUAAAUAUGCAUUUCUGUAACUAUAAAUAGUAAAAAAAAAAAAGACAGCUUUA